CUCUUAUAAGUAAAUACAUAAAGCUAUACUGAACUACUCAAUAGAUGACAAUUGCUUGAGUUCAGAAUCAAUGGCUGCUCCGCUUCUCAGGGCUCCGCCGCUCCUCCUCCUCCGCCUCGUCCAGCGCAGCUAUCAUCUAUCCCUCAUAAAUGUCCCACCGCCUCGCAGGCCGCUGUGCACCUCCGCCGCUGAUUCCACCGGCGGCGACGGUGGCAAAUCAUCCUCGCUAGCUCAAGUUUUUCAAUCAACCGAUGUAAAAGAUCGCCCCUAUUAUCCUAAAUUGGACUACCCGGAUUACCGGAGAUGGAAAAUCAAGGAAGCAGAAAUAUUUGAAGACAUCGAGCCCAUUGUUUGCCUCACCAAAGAAAUACUUCACUCAAAAAGGUAUAUGGAUGGAGAACGCCUCACCCCAAAAGACGAGCAAGCUGUGGUGGAUAGGCUUCUUGCACAUCAUCCUCAUUCCGAAGACAAGAUUGGUUGCGGACUUGAUUCAAUUAUGGUUGACCGGCAUCCCCAUUUCUCGAAUUCAAGGUGCCUUUUUGUCGUAAGAACUGAUGGCGGAUGGAUCGACUUCUCCUACCAGAAGUGUCUCCGAGCCUACAUCCGAGACAAGUACCCCUGUUAUGGAGAAAGAUUCAUAAAAGAGUAUUUCAAACGCGGCAGCAGCUGAGCUUUUCUCAAGCAAGUUUCUUCUCCGAUGUUGAAACGCCGCUCAAUCCUUCUCGAUGGGGUACCACUUUGCGUCGAAUACGGAGUGCUAAUAAUAUCUGAAGAUGAUGCAUAAUCUUGUGCCUUUUCUGGGUAUAAACUGAUGUUUUGAAGGGAAUGUUAGAGUAGCUAUACAAGUUGGUAGGUUUAUUUAGUUUGAGCUGAUUUAAACUGGUUGGAUAAUACCAAUUUCCUCUAACAAGUGCAGAAACUAUUCUGCUGAAUACAUUUUAGAGAGCAGAUUGUAAGUCUGUUUUCAUAGUGUGUAUGUCUAAACGAUGUCGUUUUGUCGCUAUAAGUAGCUCGAUCUAAAAAACGUUUUCAAA